AUGUGUACUCAACAAUUGGUACCUAAACGUCAGUUAGGUAAAAAUGGUCCAUUUGUAUCAGCUAUUGGUUUUGGUAUGAUGGGUUUAUCAGGAACUUAUGGAGCAUUUCCUACUGAUGAAGAACGUUUCAAAAUUCUUGAUCAAGCCAUCGAACUUGGAUGUACUCACUUCGAUACUUCUGAUAUUUAUGGUGAUAGUGAAGAUUUAUUGGGAAAAUAUUUCACAAAAUAUCCUCAACAACGUGAAAAGGUAUUUCUUGCAACAAAAUUUGCAUUAAUUAUAAAUGCAGACAGAUCAUUCGGUGUUCGAAAUGAUGCUGAAUAUGUUCGUCAAGCUAUCGAGAAAAGUUUAAAUCGUCUUCAACUUGAUUACGUUGAUAUUUAUUAUGUUCAUUCAAUUGAUUCAAAAGUUCCCAUUGAAGAAGCAAUAACUGUCUUAAAAGAACUUGUUGAAAACGGCAAAAUCAAAUAUAUUGGUUUAUCCGAAUGCUCAAGUGAUACAAUUCGACGUGCAUCAAAAAUUCAUCAAAUAUCUGCAGUACAAAUUGAAUAUUCACCAUUUAGUUUAGAUAUUGAAAAGCCAGAAAUAGAUAUUUUAAAAACUUGUCAAGAACUCGGAAUAGCAGUGGUUUGUGGUUCACCAUUAGGUCGUGGAAUAUUAGCUGGACAGAUUAAAAGUCAUGAUGAUCUCGAACCAAAUGACAUUCGUCGAUUAUUACCAAGAUUUUCGAAAGAAAAUUUUCCAAAAAAUCUUCAAGUAGUGGAACUAUUGAAUAAAAUUGCAAAGAAAAAAAAUUGCACGACAGCUCAAUUAACAUUGGCAUGGACACUUGCACAAGGCAAAGAAUUUUUUGUUAUACCAGGUACAAAAAGAAUCAAAACGUUGGAAGAAAAUGUCGGUGCAGCAAAUGUGAAAUUGACGGAAGAAGAAAUCCGAGAAAUCCGUGAAGUUUGCGAAAAUGCAGAUAUAUGUGGAGGUCGUCUUCCAGAAAAAUUUGCUCAUAUGGCAUUUGGUAAUUCAGCACCUUUGAAAAAUUGA